AUGACGUCCAAACUAGAAGACGACGGUCUCUUUUUAAUGGUCCAGGACACCAUUGGGGAAGGUGCAAUUCCGAUGUUGCGGUCGAACGUGCGGUCGAACGUGCGGUCGAAUACAGCUGCUGCUAUUCUUCACACGAUGCGGGAGCUCAACAACGCACAGACAUCUUGCGUGCUGUUAGUGUACGAGGGCACGUCUGCUGUGAUGCCAAAGUAA